AUGGCGCCCUCCCCCUCCCCCUAUAUCUGCCUCAAUUGCAGAUUGGCACCUCGAAAUGCAUUGUCUCGACUCCAGCCAUACCGCUCAUUCUCAACGACCCGCCGUCACCAGCAGAUCCUGCGUCCCGCGACAGCACCCAAGCCCACGCCGGACGUGAAGCACAUCCGCCAGAAUGCCGAGCUCUACGCACAGAAUUGUAUAGACAGGAAUUAUGCCGGUCAUGCAGAGUACCCUUCGAAAAUUCAGGCUCUAUCUGAGGAAGCCAGACAACUCGAUUACGACCUCAAGUCGCCGCGUUCGCAGAUUAAGCAGUUGGAAAAGACUAUUGCGAAGCUGUCCAUUGCGGCGCGACAAGCUUCGGCCAACGGCGCAGAGGCCAGUGAGCAAGGGUCAGCUACGAAUAAAGAAUUGGAGGAUCUGAAAUCAGAAGCGCAGCGCUUAAAGGACGACUCGCAUGCCAUGACAGUCCGCAAGUCUGACUGCACCGAUGAAAUCAACCGUCUCGCCCUAUCCCUCCCGAACCUCUCGUCCUCCGAAACUCCCAUCGGCGACGACCCCCGUCUCGUUCACUACCUCAAUUUCGAUCCCCAAGCACCACCCGCCUGGACACGCCAGUCCCCCGCAGAGUUCCAAGCUCGGUCGCACGUCACCAUCGGCACCGAACUCGGUCUCCUCGACUUUACAAGCUCGGCCACCACAACGGGAUGGGGCUGGUAUUUCCUCGUCAACGAGGGCGCCAUGCUUGAGCAAGCGCUCGUCCAAUAUGCCUUGAGCGUCGCACGCCGCCGCGGCUGGAAAACAGUCUCCCCGCCGUCAAUCGUCUAUUCCUACAUCGCCGAGGCAUGCGGCUUCCAACCGCGUGACCAGCACAACGAGCAGCAAAUCUGGUCAAUUGAGCAGAACGAGCGCGACCACGACACUAAACCCCAACGCUCGCUGACUGGAACCGCGGAAAUCCCACUCGCAGCAAUGUACGCAGGUCGCGACAUCAACGCUUCCGAACUCCCCAUCAAGCUCGUAGGCGCGAGCCGAUGUUACCGUGCCGAAGCAGGCUCCCGUGGCGUCGACACGAAGGGUCUCUACCGUGUACACGAGUUUACCAAGGUUGAGCUAUUCGGGUGGACCGAUAACCUCGCCCCCGAAUCAGCAGCGGAAAAGCCUACCUCAGACACCCUCUUCGCCGAACUACUAGACAUCCAAACCGAGAUCCUAACAUCCCUCCACCUGCCCUGCCGCGUCCUCGAAAUGCCCACUGGCGACCUGGGCGCCAGCGCAACCCGCAAACGCGACAUCGAGGCCCUCUUCCCCUCCCGCUUCCGCCCUACACCAGACUCGACGAGUCCCGUGGACCCGUCCGUCUCGCAACUCGAGUCUGCAUGGGGCGAGGUCACUUCUGCUUCUAUUUGCACUGAUUACCAGAGCCGUCGGCUGGCGACGCGUGUACGUGGCGGUGCGCCUAAGGAGUCCCGGUUCCCGCAUACCGUGAACGGAACUGCGAUGGCCGUUCCGCGGGUGUUGGCUGCUAUUUUGGAGAAUGGGUGGGAUGAAGAGCGAGGUGUUGUCGUUGUGCCGGAGGUGUUGAGGCAGUGGAUGGAUGGGAUGGAGACGAUUGGUCGGCGGGAGUAG